CGCGGGCGCGGAGCCCGCCCGGCCCCGGGAGCGGAGCCGCUCCUGCCGCGGGGCCAUGGCCCUGCUCCCGCGGCGCUUCCUCUGCUUCGUCCUGGCCCAGCACUUCAUCGCAGCCACGGCGUGCCAGGAGGCCGACUACGGCUGGAUGAUCCGGCACUACUGCCUCAAGCAGUUCCAGCUCAGCAUGGAGGGCAUUGGCCAGCGCCUCUGGUGUGACUGGGACGAGACUGUGGGCACUUACGGGGAGCUGACCAACUGCACGGCGCUCAUCGCCGAGAGGCUCGACUGCUACUGGCCCAACCGGCUGGUGGACGAGUUCUUCGUGGCCGUGCACAAGCAAUACUUCAGGAACUGCUCGCCGUCGGGCCGGGCUCUGCACGACCCCCCGAACGGCGUCCUGUGUCCCUUCAUCGUGCUGCCCGUGCUGGUCACCCUGCUGAUGACAGCGCUCGUGGUGUGGAGGAGCAAACGCAGCGAGGGCAUCGUGUAG